ACUUUUCAUAUGCAACUAAUCUUUCUCGCGCUUCAGUCUACCUAACUCACACGACAACAGCGUCCGCUAUGACGAAGCUUGUCUUUAUGAUAUAACGCGCUUAAGAGACGAAUGUCGUAGUCAAAAACCCUACAUCAUGCCACCGCGCUCAAAAGCCACGUCUCUCCUCCGGCGGCUCCGCAAUCCUACCGCCAGUUCGCGCUCCGCUCAAUGCUCAUUCGGAUCGCCCAACCGGAGUUUCUCAUCACCCUCGAAUUCCAGUCCCGCCGAUUCCGCAUACACGAGCGUUUCUCCCGAUGAGGUAUCUCACUUCAAUGCUCUCGCAUCCUCGUGGUGGGAUCCCCAAGGACCAUCCCGCAUCCUCCACCUCAUGAACCCGCUACGCCACGACUUCAUCUGCUCCUGUCGCUCUUCCGUUUUCGACGAUCCGCCCCCACCAUCCAACGGCCUAAAAUACCUUGAUAUAGGUUGCGGAGGCGGCAUAUUCGCCGAAUCCGCUGCCCGAUUACCUACCACCGCCUCGGUAACAGCGAUCGAUCCCAGCUCCGAGGUGCUCUCCGUCGCCAAGGCGCAUGCGAAGCGGGACCCUGCAUUACGAUCAAAAUUAACAUAUAUAAAUACCCCCAUCGAGCAACUCCCCGCUCCAAAUGCCCCCAACGACGGCUAUGACGUAGUGUCGAUAUUCGAGGUCGUAGAGCACGUGUCGAACCCGGCGCAGUUCCUAGACCGGUGUACACCGUUCGUCAAGCCGGGUGGCUGGCUGGUACUAAGCACGAUAGCGAGGACGUGGAUGAGUUGGUUGACGACGAAUCUUGUGGCCGAGGACUUGCUUCGUAUAGUGCCGAAGGGUACUCAUGACUGGCGAAAAUAUAUUAACGAAGAGGAGCUGAGAAACCAUUUCCUCCUGAAGAGGACGGAAUGGACCGAGCCAAGGUGCAUGGGGGUGGUCUACGUCCCGGGUCUUGGCUGGAAGGAGGUGAGCGGUAGCGAGAAGGUCGGCAAUUACUUCUUCGGCGUUAGGAGAGUAGUUGAAUCGACAUAAAAGGCCAUAAAAUUGAACUGUAUUAUAUUGAACGACGGCUGCUGUUUACUUUAGAACGGUAAAGCUUAAAGCUACUGGUUUUCUCACCAAC